AUGUCCAUAACACUCAAGCAAGUGUUUAACAAAGAUAAGACUUUCCGCCCAAAACGCAAGUUUGAACCGGGAACCCAGAGGUUUGAACUUCACAAACGGGCGCAGGCCUCUCUGCACUCUGGCGUGGACUUGAAAGCGGCUGUGCAGUUGCCCAGUGGAGAGGACCAAAAUGACUGGGUGGCCGUCCAUGUUGUUGACUUCUUCAAUAGAAUCAACCUCAUUUACGGAACUAUCUGUGAGUUCUGCACGGAGAAAACCUGCCCUGUGAUGUCUGGAGGCCCGAAGUACGAGUACCGGUGGCAGGAUGACGUGAAGUACAAGAAGCCCGCAGCAUUGCCAGCACCCCAUUACAUGAAUCUUCUCAUGGACUGGAUCGAGGUGCAAAUCAACAAUGAGCAUAUCUUUCCUACGAGUGUAG